AUGAAUCGAACUGACCCUUCAGAAAUAAGAACAACGAAUAAAAAUGAUGCGUCGGCCAAUGUUGUGUUCAGCCAAACCACUGUUCCUUACCACCCACCUUUGCCAGUGGGUAAUGGUAUCACAUCUAUUAGCGUUGAAGAAACAUCAGUUCCAAAUCCAAGUGUAUCUGGGAAUACGAAUUCUUCGGUCAAUAUACAUGCAACACAAGAAACAACAGCAACUACUAGGAAUGCACCGGUACCAGUAUACUGGGGAGUGGUAUUAGUGGUUAAUCCGUAAAUGAAAAUGAUAAGAAGAAAUGAAGAACGUUCACUUUAUGUUAUCAGUUAGUUGAAAAAACAAGAUUAUAUACUGUUACACGACUUUUUAAAACUGUUUUUUUAAAUAUACACGAAAAAAUGAUGGUAGAGAAAAUUACUUGAUUAAACAAUAAUUAUUUCUGAAAAAUAAGACCAGUAUACUGGUACUGGUGCAUCCCUAGCAACUACUUAAAAAAAUUAAAUUUUUAAAUUUCAAUGACGUUUAUAAACUCGCAUUGAAUUCAGCAAUCAUGAGUUGAUUAUCUUACCUGUAUAACUAUUCUCGCAUAUAAUAAAAAGGAUACUUCUAUUUCCAUCAAAUGAAGAAUAAUUUUAACUGUUUUUCAUCACAAAAUAUGAAAAAGGAAAAAAAGUAAAGCAGCACAUGGACUGCUUGAAAAUGAGAGAGAAAAGAAAUAUUUUUUUCUUUUCUUUUCUUUCAUUCUUCGUUUCAGUCAUGUUAACAUAUAUGAUGUUGACCUUUACGUUUUCGAUUACUAAUAGGAUGUCGCAUGGCAGUUAUUUUUCACAUUCAUUACAUUUAUGUGACGGAACGGCUUGUUCGUUCCUCUCUUUUAUUCCCACUGAAUGCUU